AUGGCCGCCGCCGACGUUCAGCUCCAGGACUUCUCGUCCCUCUUCUCGCUCAAGGGCAAAGUCGCCGUCGUGACAGGCGGAUCGCGUGGUCUGGGCCUCAAUGCCGCUUCUGCCUUCCUCCAGGCCGGCGCCUCCAAGGUCUUCAUCACAUCCCGCAAGGCCGCCGCCUGCGACGAGGCCGUCGCCGCCCUCAACGCCCUCCCCAACCUCGCCCCCGGCGCCCGCGCCAUCUCCGUCCCCGCCGACUCGAGCACCAUGGCCGGCGUCGAGUCGCUCCUGGCCCAGGUCAAGAAGCACACGGACAAUGUCGACAUUCUCUUUGCUAACGCGGGCGCCACAUGGGGCCAGGAGUUUGAUAACCACCCCGACAGCGCCUUUGCCAAGGUCAUGGACCUCAAUGUCAAGGCCGUCUUCAACACGAUCCGCGUCUUUGCGCCUCUCCUCGAGAAGGGCGCCAGCGUGCAGGACCCGGCCCGCGUCCUCAUCACGGCUAGCGUCGCCGGACGAGGUGUCGGCACCCUUGGAAAGCAGGGCACAUACGGGUACUCGGCGAGCAAGGCGGCCGUCAUCCAUCUGGGGCGGAACCUCGCCAUCGAGCUGGGACCCCGCCAUAUCUCUGUCAACUCCAUCUGCCCUGGGUUUUUCCCCAGCAAGAUGUCCAACGGGCUGCUGAGCAUGAUUGGCGGCGCGGACAAGCUGGCCAAGAGCAACCCCAUGGGCCGACUUGGUCAGGGGGAGGACAUUGCCGGCAUAGUCGUCUACCUCGCCAGCCGGGCGGGGAGCCACGUCAACGGAGAGGCUAUUGCCAUUGAUGGCGGCUCCAUGUGGCAGUCGGGUGAGGUCCUUCAAGCGGGCGAGUCGCAGGCAAAGUUGUAG